UAAUAAUGAAAAGAGUAUUGGCAGUUUUCUAUUUAUUUUGCCAUAGUGAAGAAAACCCUGAAAAGAUUGGAAAUAAAAGCAAAAACUCGACUUCCGCUUCAAGCCUUUUACAAGUCAGUUUUGUGUCGAAUUACCAUCAAUUAGAACCAUGGUUAGGCAUUCUCGCAGUUGUAAUCCUUCUAUCAGCUCAUUCUCUUAUCUGGGUUAUGUUGGAAUGAAAUUCAUUUGAAAAAAAAAAACAAGUUUGAGUAGUUUUUUUUCCGCAGCAAUAUUUUGCAUUGAGACGUAUUUCAGUUUGCUUUUUAAAUUUUUUAAUCACACGUAAGUUUAUUUUUGAAUCCGGACAAUAAUUAUGGUGUCGUUUCUCACUAGCGAUGCUAUCUAUUACUUAAUUGUUUUCGCCAGUUCAAUCGGAAGUCUUGUAGCCUUUCGAAAUAUCUUCUCGCUGGCUUGUCUCCGAGUGACUAAUCAGGGUCUGGAUUUCUACAUCUACUACAAUCCAGUAUUUGUCAUUUCAAUCUGUCUCUGCUUUCUGGCAAUUUUGGACAACGAGUGUGUGCCUGGACUCUCGAUGUGUAUGGACUCAUUGCUCGGAGCAUGUCACUUACAGCUGGCCAUCAAUUGGUUGGAAAUAGCAAGCAACGGAUACCAACUGGUAUCAGAUGUUAAGCAUCUUCAUGUCUUGACUGUGUUCGCAUUGGUGUCAUUUUUCGAACUGUUUCUUACCGGCUUCGUGACCGGAAACGAUACUUGUGACACCCGGGUUGACACUUCACGAUUGACAAACCCUUCUACAAUUUCACUGCUGAUGAUGAAGACUCAUCUGUUUUUCGUGGUUGCAGAUGUGAUGUUUAUUGUUGUGAUGGUGAAAUGUGUCCGAAAAUGGAAGUGGUACAAAAAGAAGUGGGCUGAAACCAAAAGUGACGCCUACGCUUCGUUCACGCCGCGAGAGAUCAAAUUCAUGGCAGCCCACAUGAACAACAUGCUGUUGGAAAGCAUCUGCGGAAUUGUUAUUUGCACCUGCAGAAUGCUUCCUCUGGUGUUACGUGUAUUCAAGGCACCAGCUGUAAAGUACGAAAACGAUGUGAUGAUUUUGGCUAUUUUUGUCACCCAAAUUAUUCAAUACAAGAUAAUGAAGUAA